AUGAAGAUGGACGGAUUAUCACGAUCCCCCCUCUGGAGGGAGCCAGGACUGAAAACCCCCCGAAAUGAUCGAAAUCUCAACGAGCUCGCUAGGCUGAUAUUUCUCAACCUCUGCAAAAACAUGGAGUAUUACAUAUCCAUCUACGGUCAGAGUAAGGGACGCCAUCUGGUUCUCGACCGCCUUCUCUCAGCAGGAGACUACGCCAUACAACUCGGUAAGGUGUGCCAGAUGAAUCUUACACCAGUAGAUGCUACAUUAUUCUUCCUAGGCUUGGACUACAGCGGCAAGUCCGAGGAUUGGGGAGAAGGCUUCUCGUCUGCCGUUUUCAACAUAGGAGAUUCUCUGCCAGGACACCUUGAUAUUCUUCUGCGAAGAAUUGAAUGGGUUCAUGAUCGUGUGAGAGAGCUAUCGCUACACAUGCUGCAUGAUUCUGAGCCUGAUCAGCUGCUGGAUGAGAUGCUGAAGAAACGACAUCAAGAAGACAUUGUGACUUGCGACAUGAUCCUGGAGAAGUUGAGCCUAUUAAAGAUGACUCUUCAUCAGCGGUACGGAUUGGGAGCAGCCUCUAACAGCUUCGAAUUCUGA